GUGCUGACAGGUUGAAUGGAGAACGGUUAACGUUAGCGAUGGAUAGUUUAAAUAGCUUACAUUUGAAUCCGCUUCUCUCCCGGGCCUCAUUCCAUUUCUUUUCCUUCACCCAUAGUCGUUCCUUUCAUGCUCAAACAUCUCCUCCCACUCUCUUUUACAGUCCUUCAAGCUUAUGCAUCCAUAGGUCCCAUAACCGAUCUUUCUAUCGUCAAUGCCCAAAUUUCCCCAGACGGCUUUUCUCGCGUUGGUGUACUCCCCGAGGGGAUCUUUCCUGGGCCUGUUAUUGUCGGGUAUAAGGGCGACGAAUUCAAUGUCACCGUCAUUGAUAGAUUAGAAGAUCCAUCCAUGUUACGGAGCACUUCCAUUCACUGGCAUGGUCUAAAUCAACACGGAACAACUUGGGCUGAUGGUGCCGCAUCCGUAUCCCAAUGCCCUAUUACCCCCGGCAGUUCUUUCGAAUACCGUUUUCGCGCCGCAGAUCAGGCCGGAACGUUCUGGUAUCAUUCGCAUCUAUCAACACAAUACUGUGAUGGACUGAGGGGUCCUUUGAUAGUCUACGAUCCGGAGGAUCCUCAUCAGAUGCUUUAUGAUGUUGAUGAUGAGAGCACGAUUAUCACAUUAGCGGAUUGGUAUCACAAACCCUCACCACAAUACGUUGGUCUAGCCAAGCCAGAUUCUACCCUUAUAAACGGGUUAGGAAGAUACUCUGGCGGUCCACCUUCGCCGCUUGCAGUUGUCCAGGUUGAGUUUAGGAAGCGUUACCGAUUCCGCUUGAUAUCCUUAUCCUGCGACCCCAACUAUGUCUUUUCAAUUGACGAACACGAGAUGAUGGUGAUCGAAGCAGACGGCCACAACACUGAACCCGUGACUGUCAACUCAAUCCAGAUAUUUGCUGGUCAGCGGUAUUCGUUUAUCCUGGAGGCGAACCGGAUAAAGCAAGGCAGCUCUUGGAUCCGCGCUCUCCCCAACAUUGGCGCAAACCCCUCCGACCCCUUUGCAAACGGUACCAACCUCGCGAUUCUUCGGUACACGGGAGCGCCCAAGGUCGAUCCUACGACGGAAAGUCACGAGGUCGUUAUCCCCCUCGAAGAGACAGAUCUCCAUCCGUUGGCUAACGAGAACCCUAGUGCGCCAGGAGCACCGAGUGUUGACGGAGCGGAUGUGGAUAUGAAUCUUGCUCUUGGAUAUGAUCAGAAUCAGAGAAAGUUCACGGUCAACGGUGCUGUAUACGUUCCCCCCACAGUUCCGGUCCUUUUACAAAUUUUGAAUGGGACGAAGAGGCCUGAGGAGCUCCUCCCAUCAGCUUCUAUUAUCCUCAUCCCAGCCAACAAAACCAUUCAAGUCUCUUUACCUGUUGGAAAUGCCCCCGGGGCACCUCACCCAAUGCACCUGCACGGCCACCCCUUCUCCGUCGUCCGAAGCGCAGGCAGCGAAAUGUACAAUUUCGUUAACCCUGUGAGAAGGGAUGUCGUGAAUACGGGAGAUGAUGGAAAGGACAACGUUACCAUUCGGUUUUUCAGUGGCACUUCGACAGGACCUCAAAGCGACGGGGCAGCGAGUAGUGCAGGUGUUUGGUUUUUACAUUGCCAUAUCGACAGACACAUGGAAAACGGUAUGGCGAUCGUGUUUGCUGAAGACGUACCGAAUGUUGCUGCUGUCAAUAGUCCUAUUCCUCAAUCAUGGGAUGACUUAUGUCCCGCUUACGAAGCCGAAUUUGGUGAGGGCGGAGAGGUUGUCGAGCGUCCGGGGGCUCCUUCCGCUGGUGCCAGUCCUGCUAAUGGCUCGGGCGCUGAACAGCACCGUAGGAGCUCGCGUUCAACGUCAAGGAGACGCGGGCACUGGUAUUGAGCUUGAGUGUUACGGUAAAUACCGACUCAGGCUAGUUUAACUGGAGGGUGCGGUCCUUAGCUCUUCCUCUCCCCUCUCUCUCUCUCGUUUUGCGAACUAUCAUUGUCUAUAUAUUGUAGUUAUUCAGAUCCCUGUGGAUUAAUGUUGCUUUCAUUUAUCGGGACGCGUAUUGUAAAGCAAAAAAUUCGAUUUUACAUACCAUCGAUACUGGAGAGCUAUGCUUGAUAUUUCAAGCUUCAACUAUUGCUCGCCACUCCAUCUGCAUUAGC